UUCAAGCCAACAUUGAAGCUGAUAAUUUUUCCACUGAGUCAGACAUUGGCAGGUCUUCCGUUAAACUUCUGGAAAGUAAACCUUUCAAUCUGAUCAGUGAAUCAGACCAUUGAGAAGGCUGCCAUUUGCACCUCCUUCCUCUGCUGGCUGUUCAAUGAUCUUUCCAAAAAAAAAAAAUCUCACUAACCCCCUCUUCCCUUGUAGCCCCAUGAUCCAGUCCACACCCAGCUCCCUAGUGUGACACAACUAGUAAAGCCAUUCCCUCCUGUGACUCGGGUUCAAUCCCAACAGAGUUUCAAAUGCUGUGGCGAUGCGAGUUUCCCUGGGUGCUCCUGCUUACUCCCACAUUCCAGAAGUGUAUGGGAUGGUAGGUUAAUUGACCAUUGUAUAUUGCCCUUAGUGAGAGGAAGAAUUGAUGGGAAUGUGGGGACUCUUAGUUGUCACUUUUGCAGAGAACUGGCUCCCAGUCCAUGGGGUGACCCUGAGCUUCUUGUUGCCUGCUACAUUAUUUUUCUGCCCUGCUCUGAUCUCUCUGUGACCUACAGUGAGGCUUAAUGCGAGCUUGAGGAACAACACCUCACCUUGAAGCCUUCAAGACUCGAUUUCAAGUUCCUCAACUUUAAGUUAUGGUAUCAUUCCCUCUAUCAGAAUUGCCUGUGCUCAUUUUCAGUUUUUCUUUCUCUGUUGUUAUAGCUUACCCCUCGGGGCAUGCUCCGUGGCCAACAUACCACUCUAAGAUGCUUAGUGUGACCUCAAGUGCAAUCUAACUAGCACGUUAACCCAUUCAGUCUGCCCAGUUGGAGAUGUGCUACCACUGGUGGUGUCAGGUUCGUGAGGACAUUGCCAGGACUGGAGCCCGAUUUAUAGGGAGAAGUUGGCUCUCCUUGGAGCAGAGGAAAAUGGAGCCAACCUCCAAAGGUGGUCUUUUGGAUAGUGUGAUUCACUGAUUAAAUUGCCAGGUUUAAUUUCCAGUGAGAGCCCUGCCAAAGUGAGACUUGCUGAUGGGAAACUUUAUUAACCUCAAUGUUUGUAUGGUAACCGGCUGAUCUGAUAAGCAGCAGAUGAGAAAUCACCUGACUGAUGAACCACUUGGCAGAAAUAAUGACAAUGUGGACGUAUUGCUACACAGGCAGGCUUAUAGAGUAGCAACAUAUUAAGGUCCUUUGUGUAGAAACAGGCCAAUUGGUCUACCAUUUGGUCAACAAAUGGGCAUCUGUCUCUUAAUGGCAUUCCAAGCACUUGGUCCAUAGCCUAUGCUUGGGGUUUCAAGUGUUUGUACAGGUCCUUCAGUGCUGUCAUUGACGUCUUUCACCACUCUCUGGCCGUGUGUUCCAGGUACUCAGAGCUCACUGGACGAGAAAGGCCCCCCCCCCCCCCCCGCCCCCAGAUUCCCUCUAAAUCUCAAAGUAAAUUUAUUAUUACAGUGCAUAUGUAUAUGUCACCGUAUACAAACCCAAGAUUCAUUUUCUUGUAGGCAUAGUCAAUAAAUGUAUAAUAGAAUACAAACCAGAGUAGAAUUACUAAACGACUGCAACCACAUGGGUGACCAUCUGGGUGCAAAAGACUCAAACUGCAAAUACUGAAUGAAAUCAGGUGGAGGUCCCUGAUGAUGGAUGUUUUCCUGCAACAACGUUUGAUGUAGAUGUGCUCAAUGAUGGCAAGGGCUUUACCCAUGAUGGAUUGCACUCUAUCUACUACCUUUGUAGUGUUUUUGGUUCAAGGGCAUUAGUAUUUCCAUGCCAAGCUGUGAUGCACUCAGUCAAUAUACUGUCCUCUACACAUAUAUAUAAGUUUGUCAAAGUUUUACACGUCAUGCUGAAUCUUUGCAAACUUCUAAAGAAGUGGAGGCACUGUUGUGCUUUCUUCAUAAUUGCACUUUUGUGCUGGGUUCAGGACACGUCCUCUGAAAUAAUAACAUCAAGGAAUUUUAAAUUUCUGACCCUCUCUACCUCUGAUUCUCUGAUGAGGACUGGCUCAUGGUCCUCCAGUUUCCAUCUUCUGGAAUCAAUAAUCAGCUCCCUGGCUGACAUUGACUAAGAGGUUGCUGUUAUGGUUCCACUCAGCCAGAUUUUCAGUUUCCCUCCUACAUGCUGAUUUAUCAUCAUCUUUGAUUCAGCUUACAAUAGUGGUGUCAUCCGCAAACUUGAAUAUGUCAGUAGAGCUGUGCUUAGCCACACAGUCAUAAGAGUAAAACAAGUAGAACAUGGUUAACCACACAGCUCUGUCGUGCACCUGUGCUGAUGGAGACCAUGGAGGAGGGGAUGUUGCCAAUCCGAACUGACUCCAAAUGAAGAAAUAGAGGAUCCAAUUGCAUGAGGAAGUGUUGAGGCCAAGGUCUUGAAGAUCAAAGGUUAGUUUUAAACGGAUGAUGGUGUUGAAUACUGAGCUGCAGUUGUUAAAGAACAUCCUGAUGUAAGCAUAUUUGCUGUCUAGAUGUUCCAGGGUUUCAUAUGGAGCCAAUGAGUUGGCAUCUGCUGUGGACCUGUUGCUCUGGUAGGCAAAUUGAAGUGGUUUCAAGUCGCUUCUUAGGCAGGAGUUAAUAUGUUUCAUCAGCAACCUCUCAAAACACUUUGUCACUGUGGAUAUAAGUGCUACUGGAUGAUAGUCAUUGAGGCAGGUUAACCCAGAUUCUUCUUGGGAACCAGUACAGUUGAAGCCUCAGUCUGCUGAAGUGAGAGGUUAAAGAUCUCAGUUAUCAGCACAGGUUUUAAUACUUGUCCAGGUACCCCAUCUGAGCUGGAUGCUUUUUGUGGGUUCACCCUCCUGAAGGCUCACUCGAUGGCCUCAGAGACUGAAAUCAUUAUCAUCAGGUCUGUGGGUGCAUACGGGUCUGGGGCUUAUUAAGCUGCCACAUAACAUCCUUAUUCACAGUUUCACUCCAUCCUGUGUAUAAGUUCAACACAAAAGACAGCUACAGCUUAAUACCAUUCCUUGGAUAGCAGCCACAUUGGCUUGUAAGCUAGUAAUAUUAUACAUGGAAUAGGAGUAAUACCCUUCUGAGAAAUUAGAACCAUUUGACUGUUGAAGUUUCAUUGUUGCUUUGAGAGAGCAUUAGUUUAACAUUCAGUUGAUUGUCAGACUGUCAGUUAAUUUUUUAUAUUUGCAUGUAAAACAAUUUACGACGUUACAACAUUUACUGGACUUUUCAAAGGGCAUAAAGCUGCGUUCCACCAGCAUUUUGUGUGUGUGUGUGGCGCCAGAGUCCCUGAACAAGAAUUUAUCAGAAGGGAUUUGCAGAGGAGUUUUUUCUUGCCAGAGCAUAAUGGGUAGCGGGAACUCACUGCCUGAGGGAGAGGGGACAAGAGGGUUUAGAGCAGUGGUUCCCAACCUUUUUUUGGCCAUGCCCCACCUAAUCACCUCUAAAAUCCUGAUAAUUCUUAUUAUUCAAAAAGUGAACUCCUAUUCACCUGGAGGAAGCCUAAAAGACCAUUAACUUGGUUUAAACAAGCUUCCAAAGAACAUGGCAUUCAUGAAAGAGAAAUUGUAAAAAAAAAUUAAGUGAUAUUAAAGUAAUAAUAAUGACGAAUAAAUAAAACAAUGCCGAUUCGUUUCUACAGCAUACAAAGACAGAUACACCGUUUAAAAGAGAUGACGCAAUGUACACACCUUCACACCACCAAGAACCGAAAGCUACUGCAAAAAGCAGCAUUGGCGCGACCUCGUACGAGUUUCUUGCGCGUUUGGACUUGUUCAUUCGUUCCUUCCUACAUCAGUCAAUUCAUUAAUUUAAUUAUGAAAGCCAUUUGAUGGUUGUAAUGAUGGUGACACACUAUAUAUACAGUACAUACGCAAUUACACAUGUACAUACAAGUAUUUUUAUGUAUGCUUACUGUAUAUACACUUAUGUAUUAACUCGCACACACACUCAUACACAGACUUACUAGAAAAAUUCACUGUUAAUAACUGAUUCUCGAAUUGCGCCCCUUAAAAAUCAAAUUACCCCCCUGUGGGGCGUACGCCCCACGUUGGGAACCACUGGUUUAGAGCUUCAAGUGCCGAGGUGUGACUAGACCAAUACGUGGUUAUAUCGUCAGAGAUACCGCUGCCAAUGAGGUUAGGAUUCUGAAAUCCACAUAUCAAUCAGUAACUUUGAACAACACAUUGCUAACUGUUGAUUGAUAGGUAGGAGCGAGUCUGACUUCAGCAGGUACCCAGGCGAUGUGCUGUUUAUCUCUCUGUCCGAGUAUGGCUUUUCUUCAACAGCUGAGAUUGUUACUACCUCUGCUGUUUUGCCUUAUCCCAGUGACCAAGCAAACACCUUCCUACCUGAUUACAGCGCCAAGCAUUGUCCACGCUGGGGUCCCAGAGAGUAUCAGCUUACAGUUACAUGGUGCAGAAAGCCCUGUCCGUUUUCAGGUUUACUGCUACGACAUCAUCAGAUACAAGAAAUGUUCCGAGGUCACCUACUUUACGCUGAAUGCAGAAAAUGGUUAUCGUGAAAUUAAGACCCUAACGGUGACCCAGAAGGCUAUCAAAGACCUGCGGCUAUGGCGACGGCGAAGGCAAUAUGUCUACCUGGUGGCAGAGAGCCAGCUCCUUCCACGGAGAAAGAUGGUGCCCCUCAAACUGUCCAGUAAGAGGGGUUAUAUCUUCAUUCAAACAGACAAGCCCAUUUACACCCCCAACCAGAAUGUGCAGUACCGGAUUUUCACUCUGGAUCAUUACAUGAGACCGGUGAAUGAAAAGCUGAAAGUCUCUAUCUAUAACUCCAGAGGCACGGAGCUGAAGACCACCGAGUGGAUGUCCAACAAACUGAAGCAGUCUCAGACCAAAAUCCCGGAUAACGAGGAACCGGGAACAUGGCGAAUUGAGGCCCAGUUUGCAGAUGCACCCAUGUCCAAAGUGACGGCGCAGUUUGAAGUGAAGGAAUUUGUUCUUCCCAGGUUCGAUGUCAAGGUCCAAGCGAGUGAAAUGUUCUAUCUCGUGACAAGGGAGAGAUUCGAGUUCAGAAUCACCGCAAAGCACUUGUAUGGUGAACCAGUGAAUGGAGAGGCCCAUAUUAGAUUUGGAAUCAUCCAUGGUGUUAACAAUAAGACAGACGUUUGGAGCCUAGGACGAAAAUUAACGGUGACAGCAGGAGUGGCCAGUUCCUACCUGGACACGAAUGACCUACUGACAAAAUCCGGCCUGUUAUCCAGGGUCGACCUGCUGGGGAUGAACCUCUACAUGGGAGUGACAGUAGUGGAGCUCGGCAGUGAUGUGAUGGAAGAGACAGAGCUGACCAGCAUCCGAUUUGUGUCCUCGCCGUACAUGCUGGACCUGUCGAAAACAGCCCGCCAAUUUGUACCCAAGACCCGCUUCCAAGUAGUGGUGACUGUGACAUACCCUGAUGGGAUGCCAGCUGUUAACGUACCUGUGAAGGUGGAAGAAGGUCCCGCUGUGACUACUGAUCAACAGGGGCUUGCAGUCAUUGAGAGCAAAGCCCCAGCCAAUGCAAGCAUCCUCAGCUUGAAGGUGACAGCUGGAGAGGGAACUCUUGGCAAAGAAAUCCGCGAGGGAAGAGUGACAGCUCAGAUCUAUCAGUCUCCCAGCAGGAGCUACCUCCAGAUCAGCGCUCCUCACACCAUCCUGAAGGCAGGGCAGAAGCUGGCUAUCGAGUUCCGGGCCGUCACGGAGCAGAAUGACGCAAGGAUUGACUCCUAUUAUUACAUUGUCACUAGCAAAGGCAAGGUGCUCACCACCGGUAGGAUCACAAAGGCGGACCCCACCAGGCUCCAGCUUCGGGUGGACAUGGACAUGGUCCCAACGUUUCGCGUCAUAGCAUACUACUACAUCCAGUCAGGACAGCGCUUGGAAAUGGUGGCCAACUCAGUGUGGAUCAACGUGGAAGACACGUGCAAAGGACGGGUCGCAGUAAAGGAUCCAGACGCUGAGUAUGAACCGGGAAGUCAGUUGGACCUACACUUCUCCACCAAUGAUGCAGCACAAGUGAACUUUGUUGCUGUUGAUUCAGCAAUAUAUAUCCUCAACAACAGAAACAAGCUGACGCCCAGGAAGGUGUUUGAAGCAAUGAACUCCUAUGACCUGGGAUGCUUCUAUGGAGGUGGUGUAAAAAGUGCAGAUGUCUUCCUGGAUGCUGGCCUGAGUUUUCUGUCCAAUGUGGAUGUGUCGUCACAUAGAGAUGAAUAUUCCUGCGCCAACAAAGUCAGAAGGCAAAGGAGAGCAUUACAUAUUCAGCAAAAAUAUUCUGAGAAAUUGAACGAGUAUCCCGACAGCAGGCUGAGGAAGUGCUGUCUGGAUGGCCUGACCAGCAUACUAAUGGACUACAGCUGCCAGCAGCGAGCUCAGCGGGUGAAGGACUGGUCUUGCCGCCAGGCUUUCAGCAGCUGCUGCCACCACAGGACAGCCCUGAAGAGCUCCAGUGAGAGGCUUACCGGGUUAUCGUUUAUAGGCAGAGCUUCAAAAGAUUCAACUGCCAUCGAUGCCAACUCCCUCCCUGAUGAAGAUUUCAUUGAUGAAAGCUCCCUCCGGGUUCGCAGUGCUUUUCCACAGAGCUGGCUAUGGGAAACGUUCUCAGCCCCGGGCAGGGGUGACUACAAAAUUACAAGAAUCAUUCCUGAUUCCAUUACCACCUGGGAAAUUCAGGCAGUCGGCAUGUUUGAAAAUAAAGGAUUCUGUGUUGAGGAACCAAAAAAGUUGAAAGUUUUCCAGCCAUUUUUUCUGGCCAUGACGUUACCUUAUGCUGUCAGAAGGAAUGAACAAGUCGUUGUGAAAGUCACCCUGUACAACUAUCUAUCCCAGAAUGCAACGGUCUUUGUAUACAUGAAAGAAGCAGAGGGUUUGUGCUCUUCCUUUACAUCGCGGGAGGAAGCACGAAGGCUCACUGUCCCCGCCAACUCGGCUCGCUCCAUUGAUUUCCCCAUUGUCGCUCUGGUGGUUGGGAAUAUCCCAAUCAAUGUGAUUGCUUUCAGUCAGUCCUACGCCUACAGUGAUGCAAUCUUGAAAUAUCUUCAGGUUCUGUAUGAGGGAAUAGUGGAAGUUAAGGAGUCGAGCAUUGCUCUCAAUCCCAGAGAAAAAAGAAGCAUUGAAAUCUUUGAAGAGAAGCCAACCAAUGUCGUCCCCGAUGCUGACAGCUUCUUGUACAUACAUCCCUCUGUCACGGUUCUGGGUCCCGCAGUGGAGAAUUCUCUGGACGCAGAUGGAAUCGACAAGCUCAUCAAGGUGCCGACAGGCUGCGCAGAGCAAACAGCCAUGCACAUGGCUCCCACCGUCUUCGCCGUGGAAUACCUGGAUAAGAGCGACCAGUGGCUGUUCCUCAGUGCUCAGCGCAAGGAUGAGGCCCUGCUUCACAUCGAAGCUGGGUACAACAGGAUUUUGGGAUUUAAGAAGGAUGAUGGAUCCUAUGGGACUUGGAAGAUUUCUCCAAGCAGCACAUGGCUGACGGCCUUCAUUGUGAAGAUAUUCUCAAUAGUGGACCGUCAUGUCAAGGUAAAUCAGAGGAAUGUGUAUGCCUCCGUUUCCUAUUUGGUCGAUGCUCAGAAGAGCGAUGGAAGCUUUGAAGAUCCCAAUCCAGUGCUUAUGAAAGCCAUGCAGGGUGGAGUUAGUGGUGCUGAGGGUAACUUGCCCCUGACUGCCUUUGUAACAGUGGCCUUACAGCAUUUCCUACAAACCUUUCUCCAGAACAAUGUAGCUGCAGCUUCAAAAGUGAGUGAAAGCAUUGGAAAAGCCGUGCAGUAUUUGCACAGGACUUUGCCGACUGUCGAGAAGCCCUACGCCUUGGCGAUCACCGCCUACGCCCUGGCCUUCGCAGAAGCAGACUUAGACAAAGUGCUGGAGGCAGAGAGGAGACUGAAACUGAUUGCAGUUUACGAUUCAGACCGCAACAUGCGUCACUGGCACACGACUCCAAGCGACGGCGAGGAACCCCCACAUGCAUCGGCGUUGACGGUGGAGACCACUGCGUACAGCCUGCUGCAGGCCCUGAAAAGGGGCAACGUCGAGUACGCAAGGCCCAUUGUGGAGUGGCUGACUGAGCAACAGAACUACGGAGGGGGCUUUCAGUCCACUCAGGAUACAGUGAUUGCUUUGGAGGCUCUAUCAAAGUAUCAUGUCCUUCUGUUUGAGCAAGAGGAUGAACCUAAUCUUCAGCUUCGGUUCAGUCUUGAUGGAAAGAACCCCGAGUCUACGAUCGCACUGCGUCGACGAAAUCUCCUAACCCAGAAAGAGCUGAAGUUCCCUCUUGGAAACAAGGUCUUGGUCGACGUCUCUGGCUAUGGAAAGGGGAAACUAAACUUACGCAAAGAAUACAAUCUCAUGGAGGAGGCUACCAACAGCUGCGACAAACUUCACCUCUCUGUGGCCAUCAAAAGCAGCCUGAAGUACAGUCAGUCUACGUACUCUAAAUAUGACCUACGAAAGAGAAGAGCGGUCUCUGAUACCCAGACUGUUUUCUAUGAAGUCUGCACAAGGUUGAGCAAUCAGAGUCUUAAUGACUUGUCAGUGACUGGCAUGGCUGUGGUGGACAUCACCCUCCUGAGUGGUCUGGAACCGGACACCGGGUACCUCGAUCAGCUGAAAAAUGGAGUGGAGCAGUACAUUAGUAGCUACGAGUACAAGAAAGGAAAACUGUUGCUGUACUUGGAAUCGAUCCAAGAAAGCGAAACGUGUAUCAUCUUUCCAGCCAAGCAGAUCGUACCUCUGGGCUUGAUGCAGCCUGCGCAUGCCACGCUAUACGACUUUUAUGACCCAAGUACGAAAUGCACGAUAACUUACAAUGCUCCAAAAGAAAACCCUCUGGUCACGAAGCUCUGUAAUGGCCAGGUUUGCACCUGUGCUGAAGGUCCCUGUCCUAAGAUCACACGGAUUUUGGAAGUAGACUGGAAGGAAAGUCCGCGGAGUAACUUUGCCUGCUACACUCCAAUUGUGGAUUAUGUCUACAGGGCACAGCUUGUGAAUCAGACCUCGCUGGGGUACUUUGACAGUUACAUCAUGUCCAUCAAUGAUGUUUUCAAGACCCACGAGAGUGACAACGUUCAGAAGAAUGACGUCAGAGCUUUCAUCAACCGGAAGUCCUGCCAGCUGCAGAUGAAGAGGGACACAGAAUACCUGGUGAUGGGGAAAAUCGGGAAAGGUAUCGACAUCAGCGGGAAGAUGCAGUAUCUUCUCAGUGACACCACAUGGAUCGAACCCAUUCCACCAGCAGCGACGUGUAACCUUCGGAGCUACAGAGAGUCCUGUCAGCACCUGAACACCUUCUUUGAUAACCUCCUCAUGUACGGAUGCAUAUUGUAACUUCAGUCAGCAGCUGCAGUGCCUCUGGUGACAAACCUCCCCCUAUUAAACAGAACGUAGUCAUUGCUGCAAUAAAAUUUGUAACAAAAAUAGGGUGCUCUUUCAAUAAACUGCUCUGUGACAUUGUCUGAAGUUUUUGUAAUGGAAUGCCAUUGAGAUGGUGAUGGGAAAAUGGGCUUCAUUCUCGUGAAUUGGUAGCACAGCGGGUAGAGAUACUGCCUCAGGACGAUGGGGACCUGGGCUUGGUCUCGACAUCUGCCCCGAGUGGAUUUGACAUGUUCUUCCUGUGACUGCGUGGGCUGUCUGGUUCCCUCACAAACCCAAACAGCAACCGCUGUAAAUUGUGGGUGAGUGGGAAGAACUGGGGGAUAUUGAUGGGAAUGUGGGGAGAAUGAAAUGGGAUUUAUGCCAAUAGGUGGUUGAUGGUUGGUAAAGACUCAAUGGACUGGAGGUUCUGUCUCCACAAUGUCGGAGAAUUGUGGUCACUCAGCUACUCGCUGGGGACAGGGGACAUUUGUUCUGUGUACCUGCUGACACCCUUACCAACCAAAGGUUGGUGUGAAGAUCGCAAGGGGCACUCUCAGCAGGACAACAAUAAACCAUGCCAUCACACCUCACCUUUAGCAGCUCAGUUAUCCGUCUGCAGUGCUGAGAGAAGCUCCUCUGUGCAAGUGGCCUCCCACACAUUUCAAUGCAGUAAUGGCCCACUGACGGGGGGGUGGGGGGGUGUGGUGGUUGGACCAGUGACAGGGUUUCCAUGUUGGAGGGACUGCUGACUGUGGCAGACGGACAAGUGAUGGGGGAACACUGUUCUGGUCGGGGACCCCUGUAGUGGGCAGACCAGUGUCAGAGUUCCUGUCCUAGAUGUAAUGGACAUACCCAUCAACCAGAAUUUCCAAAGUAAGCUGUUGUCAUUAA